AUAAUUUUUUUUUUUUUUUUUUUGUUGCUGCUGCCGUCUAUAACUUUUCUCCCAUUUUUCUCCCCUUUUCCUGUCUUCCUUUUCCCCCCUUUUCUGUUUCUUCCCCAUUCUCGCAUCUCCUUACAAGAACAAAAAAAAAAAAACCACGCUACAGCAUCGCAACUCCCUCUCUCUCUCUCUCUGGUGGUCGACGCCCCUUCCUCCUGCACUUUUCCCGUCACCGCCGGUGCUUCUUCCUGCUGCGUUUUCCCGUCACCGAGCCAAAGGUUUGGGGAUCAAAAAAUCCACAGCGCGUGUAUUCAUCUCUUUUGGAGAAUUUAGAUCAUCCGUGGGCCCAGUUCAGUGAUAUUCCAAAUGAGGCUCUUCUACAGAUGUUUUCGCGUUUCGGGACAAUGUAUAGGUGGUAUUCACAAGAGAAUGAGAACAUAUUUGAUGCAUUCAAGUGUGUCCUCAAGGAUAGAUACAGAGAUAGGAUGAAAGGUAUCAGGAAACAAUCUGCCGACAUGGCACGAAAUGAUGGGAAAUCCCUCCCCCCAAAGUUUUGUAGCUACUAUGAUGGGAUGCAUAACUACCACCCCGAACGCGUACCGGAGACUGUGUGGCAACGUUUGUGUGAUCAUUGGUCCACAGAGAAGUGGCAAAAGAAUUCAAAAAUCGCUCAGCAGAACCGCAACACCGCAGAUUCUAGUGGGUCAACAGCAAGACACACUGCGGGUAGUAUAGGAUUUGACCAGCACCGUAGGAAAUUAGAAAAAUUGAUGGGUAAACCACCCACACAAUAUGAUGUUUUCGUGCAGACGCAUGGCACCGCCGAGUCAAAGAAAAAAUAUUUUGAGGGAAAUCAUGAAAAUAUUGAAUAUUGCUCGCAGACGGCCAAAGAAGCACUAGAGGGGUAUCUGCAUGGGUUGGUCAACAAAUUUGGUGAAGAUCCUUCAAAUCGUAAGGAUGAUGUAGAUGUAUGGGAGGAAAGCCAACUUAGAAGAAAAGGAAAGAAGAAGGGUGCUAUCUAUGGGAUAGGAGCAUCGGAUAUACAUUUUUUGGUUUUAGGGACUCCAUCUUCCCAAUCCACCCAGUCCACCCAGUCGGAUAGCACACAACAAGAGGUUGAUAGGUUGCGUGCACAAGUUUCUGUCAUGGAACAACAACAACAACAAAUGAAAGAACAAAUGGAGAUGGUUAUGAGGAUGAUAAAUAUGUCUGGAAAUCAACCCCAUGGUCCCCCCGAUAAUCCACCCGAGGACAAUUGAUAAGUAUUUUGGAACAAUUGAUAACUAUUUUGGAACAAUUGAAUUUGUAAACACUUGUAUUGUUUGCUUGUUUUGUUAUGCCUAAUUUGUAUGGUACUUGAGACAUUUGUAUGGUAUUUAAGACAAUGGAAUUGAAUGUGUCAAA